AUGGCUCCUCAGAUGACAUUCCUGGCCCUGCCUCACUUGACGAAACGAUUCAUGCUUAGAGCCAGUAUUUCCUCAGUCUUGCUCAUCUUGAUAUUCCUUUUCACGCCUGGUCUACAUAAUGAUCAUUCCAGUGGAGAAGCAGCAGGAGACGGAUCGACUUUUGGUUCGAGUUCUGCUUUAGGGAAAGAUUGGUUUGUUGGAGGAGGUGGAGGAUGGUCCGUAUCAAGUGGGAUGAAAGAUCUGAUCAGAGGAAAUGUUUGGAGAUCUGAUUUAGACGGUAUAGACGAUAUGAGCGGUCAAGGUGAUAAUACAUGUGGAAUUGAAAGUGGUCAAGGAAAUACACAAGCAGGAGAUGGUUGGAUUGAUAUGGACAAAGAUCUAACAAUAACGAAAUAUGAUGGAGGUUUACCAGGAUAUCAAGUAUUCUCCAAUUUAUACCUUGUAAAUUCGGUUCUGACUUCGGUUAUAUCUACCACUACCAAUACCAAUAAAGCAAUGGUGGAUUUACCGUUGGGACCAGAAUCAGAUGAAGAAGAAUUAGAACUACAAAUGGAUUUGGAAAUGAAAGAUAGGUUAUCCAAUUAUAAUUCCAAGUCUAAGUCUGGCUCAUAUGGUUCUCAUUCAAGAUUCCCUGAAGUGGGAUAUAUAAUGUCAAGUGAGAAAAGAGGUGUAGCUGCAGGUGAAGAUAGAUGGAAAAUUGUCAAUCAAGAUGUUGGACGAGAAGAAAUUGGUUCAAGGGGAUAUAGAUUGGGUGGAGUCACUUAUAUUUUCAAUGACCCACCUGGACCUGAUGGGUUCUUGGAGCACAUAUCCAAUGAUACCCCCUUACCUUGUCAUAAUUAUAUCGAUUUGAGGAGUCUGACAAGACGAAUGUUAAGCAGGCAUUUCGUCCUUGAAGCUUUCCUAGGCGCAACACGUGUCUUGGCAUCUACCAUUCCUGAAUCAAUCUCAGUACCCAUUCCAAGAAGAGUCUGGUUUCCUCGUAGUGGAUCAGAUCCAAGUUGGAGGGAUGACAGAGGAGAAAACGCUUGGUUCCUUGCACAUGCUCUGCCAUCGGCUACGAUCGAAGAUAAGAAUGGAUGGGAUGAUAGAAAUACUGCUGGGAUGCCAUUGUUAUUGGAAAAAGUAGUCAUCAUCGAUCGAUGGGCUGCCCAUUCAGCAGGUGGUGAAGUAGGUAAAUGGGCUAAAAUGAACGCCUUGAUACCUAGUGUAUCGGCUCGUCAAUCAUUUUGGGAACCAUUCAGAUCCAAUGUUAUGCGUUCGUUGGGUGUCGAUGGACAAUCAGAAGUUGGUUCAAAAGGGUUACCAGUAGUAGUCUACGUUGAUAGACAGAAAGAAUCGCCUAAAAUGAAUCAAACCGACCACGACGCAUUGGUCGACGGUUUGAUGAGUCUAACGAGUGUUGCAGAAGUUCAUGUAGCUAGAUUAUCAGCUAUGAGUAAAGCUCGCCAAGUGUAUUUGAUGGCAAGGGCUCAAAUAGUAAUCAGUCUUCACGGUGACGAAUUAUUCACAGCGCUCUGGAUGCCUUCAAAGGAGGGUUCGUUGGUCAUUGAGUUAUUCGAAGAGGGGGGUUUUAUACGUGAUUUCGAAUUGUUAGCUACGGCGCUAAAUCAUCAAUACAUCGCUGUGCAAGGCAACAAAGUCUUGACGGAAGAGAAGUGGAGAGAAGCAGGUGGUACAAAAGGCGAUGAAAGAGAUACGGGAGAAAUAAGUAUAAAUACCGAAUUAGUUGUUAGAUUGAUAGAAGACUGUUUAGAAAAACAUGCUGGUUUUGUAGAAUAG